ACAAGUUGUUGUUCCAAUGAUUUCCAACAGAUUACAGGGAAAUUAUUUAUAAAUCUUUUGGUUCUAAAAUAUGAAAGAGAGCAGUUGGCAGAAUUUGGGGACAUUCUUGCUUAUGAGCUGAAACUUAAAACGUGACAAUGAAGUUAGAGGUACCAGAAAGCUUCGAAGAUGUUGCUGUUGCAUUUUCAAGAGAAGAGUGGGAGAUGCUGAGUAUACAGGAGAAGGAGCUACAUAGGGAAGUUAUGGUACAGAAUUAUGAAAACAUGAUUUCUGUAGGCUAUGACAUCCCAGUGCAACAACUAUGUUUGCUUAUUAAAAAAGAAAUGAAAGUUCCAUCUGCUGAUAGCAAAGGAGGAAUGAUGGUGAAGCAGCAACAGAUUUCAUGUGACAUUAUAAGCAUUAACAGGAAUGCAGAUAUCAGAGAAACUCAGAGUCAGCAGUCAUCGUACAGGAACUACCUUAAUUCUAAAUGUCACAGUGUUUUCUCAGAUACAGUCUCAUGUUUGAGAGUUGAUCCUGCACAGACCAGAAGCAGACAUUAUAACUGUGUGGAAAGUAUUGAGAGAUUUGACAAGAAACCUAAUUUACAAGUACACUUGGAGACUCAAACAAGGAAAGAUCCAUGCACUUGGCUUAAUCACAAGAACACUUUUGCACUUUGUGGUACUACCUUAACUGAUCUAUUAAUUCAUAGUGGGAAGAGACAAAACAAUAACUUGUUAUUGCAUGAAAAAAUACUUAGUAGAGAAAAUGUUUAUAAAUGUGAUACAUAUGACAUGGAAUUUACAGUCCAGAGAAAGUCAUCGGUACAUCAAAUUAUGCAUCGCGGGAAAGAAGCCUUUAAUGGUACCACAGGUGACAAAAGUUUUUCACAUAAGUCUCGUAUGGAAAAACAUCAGCUAGCACACAGUGACAGCAGUUCUACAAGUAAAAAAUAUUUAACAAUACAUAAUUGUAACCACACUGAACAUAAACUCUCAGAAUGUACUUCAUGUGACAGUAGUUUAACACAACAUGGCAUGACAGAAGACACAUUAGUAAACACAAAGCAUAAACCCUAUAAGUGUGCAACAUAUGACAAGAGUUUUGCACAGAAGAAAAACAUGUUAAAACAGCAGUAUGGUUAUCCUAGGCAGAAAUCCUAUAAAUGUACCAAAUGCGACAAGGCUUUUACAGAAAACAAAUAUUUGACAGCGCAUCAGUGGAUUCAUACUGGUCAAAAACCAUUUAAAUGCACAAUAUGUCACAAAUGCUUUCCACAUAAAAGACGUUUAACAGUGCAUCAGCGUAUCCACACCGGAGAAAAACCCUAUAAAUGCACUAAAUGUGACAAGAGUUUUAUAAGGAAGGAUCACUUGGGAAAACAUCAGUAUAUGCAUGUUGAGCAGAAACCCUUUAAAUGUACAAUGUGUGAUAAAAGCUUUACAGACAAAAGGUACCUUGUAGCGCAUCAAAAUAGCCACUCUGGAAAGAAACCAUAUCAGUGUUCCUUGUGUGUCAAGAGUUUUACAGAAAAGAAGAGUCUGAUGGUGCAUCAGAUUAUCCACACGGGAUUGAAGCCCUAUAAAUGUACCAUGUGCGACAAGACUUUUAGAUACAAAAGUGUCCUGAUAAGUCACCAAAGUGUACACACUGGCCAGAACCCUUAUAAAUGCAGCAUGUGUGAAAAGAGUUUUAGAUACCGAAGUGCCAUGGUAAGCCAUCAGCUCAUCCAUAGUGGACAGCAACAGUACAAAUGCACCAUGUGUAACAAGGGCUUUACAGAUAAGAGAUAUUUAAUAGCCCAUCAGAAUUUCCAUGCUGGACAGAAACCCUAUCAGUGUACAGCAUGUGAUAAAGCUUUUACAUCCAAGAGAAGUUUGGCAGUACAUUAUGUUAUCCACACGGGACAGAAACUCUACAAAUGUACCACAUGUGAUAAGAGUUUUGCACAGAAGAGUAACUUAAUAAUGCAUCAGUAUAUCCACACGGGACAGAAACCUUAUAAAUGCACUGUGUGUGACAAGAGUUUUAGACAAAAAAGCACUAUGGUAAGUCAUCAGCACACACACACUGGGCAGAAACCCAUUAAAUGUACUAUUUGUGGCAAGGGUUUUACUGAUAAACGAGGUUUAGCAGCACAUCAAAGUACUCACACGGGACAGAAACCCUACCAUUGUACUGUGUGUGAUAAAGGUUUUACAAAUAAGAAAAGUCUAAAAGCACAUCAAACUGUCCACACUGGACUGAAACCAUAUAAAUGUGUCUCAUGUGACAAGGGUUUUACUGAUAAGAGAGGUUUGACAGCACAUCAGAGUAUUCACACAGGGCUGAAACCAUAUCACUGUGCCAUAUGUGAUAAGGGCUUUACAAAUAAGAAAAGUGCAACAGAGCAUCAAGUUGUCCACACUGGACAGAAACCAUAUAAAUGUGUCGCAUGUGACAAGGGCUUUACUAGUAAAAGAUAUUUAGUAGCACACCAGAGUAUCCACACUGAACACAAUAGAAAGAUGAAAUCAACAAGAAAAGGAGAGUAGUGUGGCUGGAACUGAAUUGUUUCUCAAGUUGUUGAGUACCUUUAUGUGGUGGACCCUUUUUUACAAAAUCUUGUCAAGAUAAGACUGAUAUAUAGACUGUAUCUUAUAUAUCAUGGAGAAAGGUGGGUCAAAAAUAAAAAAAAGAAGACUGGGCAUACAGCUCCCUGGAUAAAAAGGUGCUCACUAUUGGUGUACGCACUGGUGCCAGUACUUGAAAAAAGGCAGUACAGAAUCCUCAUGACAUGGUAGGCCAGGUUAAGGGGGAUGGUGACUACCCAGUGGUAGAAGGAAGUAGUAGUCCACAAAAAAAAAAAAAGAAAAGAAAAAAAAAAUGACAGGCCAGUAAAGAGGCACAGAGACAAAUUGGACUUGUAAGGGUAAGGAAGAAGGUAUGUAUUGUUACUAUCAUACAAGAAGACUAGAAUUUCCAGAGGAUACAUAGCAAGAGUAAGGGAGAAAUUAGUGGAAAGAAAAAUACUUACUGUCAAAAACUAGAGAUAAAAAACUUAAAUGCCUUAAUGCAACAGAUCAAGGAAAAACAUUAUGUAGAUGAAUAAAUAGUGGGCCAUUUAGCAAAAAAAAAAAACUAACACUGGAAGUGAGAUAAGAUAAAUAAUAAAAACAGACGUUUUUUAAAAUCUGUAAAAAAGAAACAUGGA